AAUCUACUCGUUAGAAUAUAGAUUAUAAAAUAUAUUUCGAUAAGAAGUUGAGUCAAUAAACGUUUAAAACAUUCAUUGUAUGUAAAUAUAAGACAAAAAUAAAUCGUUAAACGUUAUCGUCAUCAACGGCAACAGUAUACGAUGAGCAUGAAUCUCAACAAGUUGUGCACAUUUUCGCGUUACUCGCGUUUAUCGCUGACAUUAAAUCAAGUGUCACAAAAAAGUUUCGCAUUUGGAUAUCAAUAUGGAAAAAGAGGAUUACAUUUUACCUAUGUACCAGAUAAAAAAUCUCAAAAUACUGAAAAAACUGAAAGACUAAAUAUGUUUCAAGCAAUUAACAAUGGCCUUAAUAUUGCCUUGGAAAAAGAUUCGUCAGCUGUUAUUUUUGGAGAGGAUGUAGCAUUUGGUGGAGUAUUUCGUUGUACAAUGGAUUUAAAAGAUCGCUUUGGAGCCGAUCGUGUAUUUAAUACUCCUUUGUCUGAACAAGGUAUCGCAGGUUUUGGAAUUGGUCUUGCAAAUCAAGGUGCAACUGCGAUUGCCGAAAUACAAUUUGCCGAUUAUAUUUUUCCAGCAUUUGAUCAGUUGGUUAAUGAGGCAGCCAAAAUGAGAUACCGAAGUGGUGGACAAUUUGAUUGUGGUAAAUUAACAAUUAGAGCACCAUGUGGUGCAGUUGGACACGGUGCUCUAUAUCAUUCUCAAAGUCCUGAGGGUUAUUUUGCGCAUACACCCGGACUAAAGAUUGUUGUACCACGAGGUCCAAUACAAGCGAAAGGUCUGUUAUUGAGUUGCAUUGAAGACCCGGAUCCAUGUAUAAUAUUUGAACCAAAAGCACUUUAUCGUGCAGCAGUUGAUGAUGUUCCAACUGGUGAAUUUAAAACACCAAUUGGCAAGGCUGAGAUACUGAGAGAAGGUAAUUCUGUGACGCUAGUUGGCUGGGGUAGUCAGGUACAUGUUUUGCUAGAAGUUGCUGAUCUUGUCCAGAAGAAACUUGGUGCUUCUUGUGAGGUCGUGGACCUUGUUUCAAUACUUCCGUGGGAUGUUGAUACUGUCUGUAAGUCUGUAAAAAAAACUGGACGUAUUGUUAUUGCACAUGAGGCACCAUUGACAAGUGGUUUUGGCAGUGAAAUAGCAGCAACAGUACAAAAUGAAUGUUUUUUACAUCUUGAAGCACCAGUUCAAAGAGUCACGGGUUGGGAUACUCCAUUUCCACAUGUUUUUGAGGCAUUUUAUUUACCAGAUAAAUGGAGAUGUUUUGAUUCGAUAAAAAAAUUACUUGAAUACUAAAUAUAACUGAUAUAUUUUAAUAAAAUAGCACAUUAAUUUGUCAAUGUAUUUUGUAAUUAUAAUAUUGAUAAUAUCGUUUGGUUAUGUUGAAGAAUAUAUAAUAAUUUUGUAUAAAAAAAAAAAAUAAUAGACAAAGAAAUUUGUGUUUUGUAAAUCAAUGAUAUUUCAGUAUUUAUUUUAGGUGUUUGAUUAAAUGCUUGAGGCAAAAUACUAUUAAACUUACAUAUAUAUUUGAUAUAAUAAUCCUCAAAAAAAAAUGUUUACUGUAAUUCAUAUGGGAUCGUUAAAUAAAAUAAAAUUUUUGACCAUGGCCCGAAUUUACUAAAGGCCAUUUUCACAUGAAUUGUCAGCUUUUUUUUUUUUUGCAAAAAUUAA